AUGAACCCUGAACUAGUUAUCCUUAUAGAAUCUAGAGUUAAGCCUCAUAAUGUUAUUAAGUUCAAGAAUAAAUUUGUUAAGAAGUGGAAUGUUAUUGAUAACUAUUUCAAACACAAUAAUGGUAGAAUUUGGAUCUUAUGGGAUGAGACUAUGGUCAAGGUAAUCAACCAUGAGAGUUCUUCUCAAUUCAUUCAUUAUAGCAUCUACCACCCUAAUGGUGAUAUGAAAACUUGGUUAACUUUUAUAUAUGUUAUAAACACCCUAGACCAAAGGAAGAAGCUUUGGAAGGAUAUUGAAAGUAUACAUGCUGGUAUCAUAGGUCCUUGGUGCCUCAUGGGAGAUUAUAAUAAUGUUCUUAAGGCCCAAGACAGAAUAGGUCGCAUCUUGGUUAAUGAGAAUAAGUACAAAGAUCUUGUGGACAUGAUUGAACAAACUGGCCUAUAUGAGAAAGAGAGCAUCACUCGACAGCUGGAAAAAGCUAGAGAAGAUCUUUAUGUAGCACAGACUAACCUCCUUCAAGAUAGAAUGAACAUUCAGCUAAUUGAUAGAGUGAAAGAUUGCACCAAUGAGGUUCUUAGUCUAAACAAUGUCGAGGAGCAGAUGUUAAAGAAAAAAUCCAAAGUGGAGUGGCUUAGACUUGGGGAUGGAAACAAUGCCCACUUUUAUGCUUCUUUGAAGUCCAAAAGGAAACAAACUCAAAUUGCCAACUUAAAAGAUGAAGCAGUUGCUAUGAGAGGAGGCCCUCAAUUAUCAUUUGAGCAGAGGGACUCUUUAAUAGCCUUUAUCAUAGAAAAAGAAAGUUUUACUAGUCUAAAAGGCAUUAAGGAUAUGUCUGCUCCUAGUAUUGAUGGAUUCAGUGUUAAGUUCUUCAAAAGCACGUGGGACAACACCAAACAUGACACCAUCAAUGCAUUUAAGGAGUUCUUUGAAAGGAACAAAACAUAUAUGACCAUCAACUGCACAUUAGUCACUCUCAUUCAUAAUACACCCAUAACUAACAUGGUUAAAGACUAUAGACUUAUCUCUUGUUGUAUAGUCUUUUAUAAGAUUAUCUCUAGAAUCAUGGCAGCUGGAUUAGGUGACCAAAAGUCGAUGGAGAUGGUGAUGCAUGCCUUUGAUGAGUUCUCCAAAGCCACAGGCCUCACUGUUAAUCCUUCCAAGUGUGAGGUGUUUUUUGGGAAUAUUGAGAAUAAGGAGAAGCAGGAAAUUCAGGAAACUACCAACUUCAUAGAGGGUAACCUUCAUUUCAAGUAUCUUGGUAUACCUCUGACUAGUAGAAAGCUCACUAUUAAUUACUAUAUGCCCAUGAUUGAGAAAAUUGUGGCUAGAAUCAACCAUUGGAGCUCGAGAUUGUUGUCUUUUGCAGGUAGAACUCAGUUUAUCAAAAGUGUGUUAUUUGCUUUGAUAAAUUAUUGGCUGUAG